UUUUCUUUGUGAAGAAAAAAUGGCUCUUCUAAAGAUACACGGUUUCGUCCAAAUCCGAAGCAAGAACCGGAGCAAGCACACCCGGGGUUCUCAAUGGAAAGAGGCAGUCAUCGAAACAGUGGAGAGGAAGCAGAAGGCUAGUCUGGUGGUCUCCUUUAAGUUGGAAGGCAGGAGAAGGGUUUUCCCGCUGGGUGGUAACGUUGCAGGCGUAGUGGUUAGUUAUUGUGAGGCUGGACUGCAUCGUCUGCACUUAACCCUGAAAGACGACACAUCCCUACUCAUUGACAAGCUAUCCGCCUCCGACGUUGAACAGUUGAAGUCUGUCCUGGAUUCUGUUCAUCCAUCUGAAUCCCAGCAACUCGAAGAACCAGAGAGGAAUCAGGAUGUUCUUGAAAGCGGCGAUCUAUUUUGCCGGAAGCACCAGGAUACAUUUUGUGGAUCUUUGAAUAUUACACAAGAAAGUGAAACGCUGUUCCCCAUGAAUAUGUCACUUUCAAUGGCAAACUCCGCCAGCGGUUAUGUUGAAGAAGAGAGAGCAGAAAAACAGAACAAGAAGCGGAAGACAAUAUCAACAUCCACUGUAGAAUUGAAUGAGGUCUUUCUCAAAGAAAAUAAUUCUGAAUCAAGAAAGAAAUCCAAGAGCUACAACUCCAGGAACAAAAGAAACAAGGGAGAGAAACUGAUGACCUUAAGAGACCAGGAAAUGCAUAACAACUGGAAACUUGAGCCGUUAUUCAGCACCAACUCCUGCGGGAAACUUGACCUAGACGACACUGUUUUUGCAAGCGGAUCAAAGUUUAGCCAGGAGAUCCCAAUACAUAACGAUAUCCAGUCUCCUCUUGAUACUUGUGCAAAGCAACUGACACGUGAAGGCUUCCCCAAUUUAGGAAACACCUGCUACAUGAAUUCCAUUUUACAGUCUGUCUUUGGGAUCCCAACCUUCGCAAAGGACUUGCUCACACAAGGAAUCCCAUGGGAGAAAGUUUCCUGUGAUGAUCUCAUCAAGCCCUUAAGCCAACUUCUUGUCUUGAAAGACAUCAGAGAUGUAGAGAUCAAGGGACAGUUACUCAUAAAUGUGAAGAAAUCCAUUUCCACGGUUGCAGACACAUUCUUGGGCGAUGAACAGAAUGAUGCCCAUGAAUUUUUAAGUCAGUGCUUAGAUCAGUUGAAACUGAACGUGGAAAAACUAAAUGCCAUGUGCUGUACCGAGAGGGAAAACGAAGUUGAUGAUUUUUUCCCACCAACAUAUGCUGGGCCUGCCUCCACCAAAAUGUUUGUUUGUCCUGUCAGUGCUAAUUUUGAAAUAGAGCUGGAUAGCUCUAUUGUUUGUGAAGCCUGUGGUGAGGCGACCCUCAACACUGAAGUGAGUAAUUACCUCUCUGUUGACCUGCACCAAGGAACAAAAGAACACCCUCUGUCGAUUCAAAAGUCACUUGAUCUUUUCUUUACACCUGAAAAAAUUGAGCGCAAUUGUGAGAAAUGCAAGAACAAGAAUUCCGUGCUCAGAUAUACUUUGAGGAGACUCCCAAGGGUCCUUAUCCUUCAUCUGAAACGCUACCACUUUACUGCUAACAGGUUGUUAGUGAAGAGCCAGCAGCCUGUUGAGAUUUCUAAGUAUCUGGAUGUAUCUUCCCACUGCAAUGAAAACACGAAGCCACCAUUUCCCUUGACCAGUCAAGGCCCUCACGAGGCCUAUGAUGUCCCAAAUGUCUCUGAAGAAAUGAUGCCUGACAUCCUCAGCCAGUCAAUACCAGCUAAGAGGGUGACUUCAGACUUCAUCGAUUUCACAGUUCUACAGGUUGGCUCCAGUGAGGACGCUGAAGUACAAACCUUGCACAGGAUGUAUGAGGAGCUAAGUGAGGAGCAGUGGCAGAGAGGCCUUGAAAAUGGUCCUAAAGUGGAGCCAAAAGCAGCGAAGAGAGAAAACAGGAUGCUCAGUGAAAAGACAUUGCCAGCACCAGACUCAAUGAUCUGUGAACCUAUCAGCAUCCACAUUCCAGGUCUUGCAGAGAUGGGUCUUCAACAGGUCUCCAAGAAUUCAGAAUUUAAGAAGUAUGAGAAAAUUAAUGUAUAUGGAAAGUCAGAUCAUUACACUACAACUGAGAUGUCCAAUUAUUUGUGUGAUCUUAAAGAGCAAAACAUCCUGGACGGAUCUCAAGAAAUUGCUGAACAGCUCCUCCAGAUUCACGGGAGUAGAAUCCACGCAGAAUUGCUGCCUUGGGCAUCACCUCAAAGUGUUCGCAGUACCGAGGAAGACACAGGAGCCAGGAACACUGAUGCUGAAUCCAAAAAUGCAGCAAUGGGAGACGAUCCCCAGAACUACAGGCUCGUCGGUGUCGUCAGCCAUUUUGGGAGUUCCCAAGAUUCAGGCCAUUAUGUAAGUGAUGUGUAUGACUUUCAAAGGCAGGCAUGGCUCCUGUACAGUGAUGUCCAAGUGUUCGAGAUCCCAGAGGCCUUGAUUCAGGAGAAUCGGCUUCACACUGGAUACAUUUUUUUCUACAUGCGAAAUGAGAUUUUUGAUUGGCUGUUGAAAAAGGCAUCAGAGUGCAAGUUACUGAACACAUCUCAAGAUGAAAAGAAUACAGAACUUUUUUCCACAUUGCUUAAUGGCUUUACAUACCUUCUAGAAGAAUCCUAGAUUCUACCCAUAAGACUCACACAGCUCAAGAUUAAAACUCAGCAAACAGAACACAGCAAACAACCAAACUUAUUAGGAGAGAAACCCAGACAGCUCUGAUGCAGGCGAUGCACCAUUCUC